AUGACGGAGCCCGAGAAUUUUGAUGACGAGCUGUUUGCCGACCUCUACAAUGAUGAUGAACCUGCCUCCAAGCAAGCGGGCGCAGCGGCGCCGGAUCAGUACGCGGCAGUGCAAGCCGCUGCCGCCGCCGAACCCGAAACUAAGAAUGACCACAUGGAAGACACAAGUCAUUACUACCAAGGCAACACCAAUGGGGGUGAUGCAUCACGGGAGGACGAAGUCGAGGAAGACGAUGAUGAUGAAAUUGACUUCAAUCUUGGGAAUGGACCGUCCACCACGGUAGCCCAGCACGACGAAAAGCCGACAUCCAGUGCGCCGCCCCCGCCAGGACCCCCAUCGAGGGGCCCAAAUGCAAAGGAAGAUGGGUAA